GGCACAUGUACCCAUCUCUUAUCUCCUAUACAUUGGCAUGGGAACUCCUCAUCUUCCUCCUCCCACUUCUCACGGCAGGAAGAUAGUGGGAGCGGGCGUGCCGAUCUUCUGGCAUCAACAAUGGCGGGCUUGACUAGCGAUAGCGAUGACAGUGAUAAGUUUGAGUGGGAAAGUGAUGGUGAAGCUGCACCCUCAUCAGCUCCGGCCAUGAGGAACUUGGAUGCUCCUGGCUGUCUACGCUGGUACCUCAGGGAAGCAACGUCUAAUUCUUUAGUCGAGGAAUAUGUGAGAAUGGGUUUCCCAAAAGAGAUGGUUGUGAAGGGCAUUAAGGAGAUUGGGCACAACGAUGCAAAUGCGUUGCUAGAGCUACUUCUCACAUAUAAGGCACUAGGCGAUGAAGGUGCAUUGGGUAAUUGCUCUACUUCUGGCUGCUCCCGCCCAAAUGUUGAAGAUGACAAUGAUGAUGAUCUUGAUUUUGAUAACUGGAAUAACGACCAAGAUACUGGUGGUAGACAGCAGAACUCUGAUAGUUCUGGUGAUGAGGUAGAUGAUUCUUUAUCUUUAGUUCUGUAGCUAGAACUUUUUGAAUCAUAUGUAUGCGGAUAUAUGUAAUAUUUGCCAUGCAUACCUUGAGCACCUCCUUUACGUUCUGUUUGAGCUUUGUUUAUUUUGC